AUGGCGCAGCUAGCUCGAAACGCUGGUCGCAUAAUAUCUCAAACGACGCCAUAUCAUCAUAGGCCCGGCCUCGCCUCGAUUCACACCACCCUCCCUGCUCUCCAAUCCUCUUCCUCCACCCCGGCGCCGUACGCUCAGGCUCCGCCUCCGUCGACCUCCUCCCCGGCCGGCCUAUCCAAGACGGCGGAGUUUGUUAUCUCCAAGGUCGACGAUCUGAUGAACUGGGCCCGCCGUGGCUCCAUCUGGCCCAUGACCUUUGGUCUGGCCUGCUGCGCCGUUGAGAUGAUGCACACCGGGGCUGCUCGAUACGAUUUGGAUCGGUUUGGGAUCAUUUUUAGGCCUAGCCCUCGCCAGUCUGAUUGUAUGAUUGUUGCCGGAACUCUUACUAACAAGAUGGCUCCUGCUCUCCGCAAGGUGUAUGAUCAAAUGCCUGAGCCGAGGUGGGUCAUAUCUAUGGGAAGCUGUGCAAAUGGUGGUGGCUAUUACCACUACUCGUAUUCUGUUGUCCGAGGUUGCGACAGGAUCGUCCCGGUCGACAUAUAUGUUCCUGGUUGCCCACCAACUGCAGAAGCCCUUCUUUAUGGUCUUCUCCAGCUGCAGAAGAAGAUCAGCAGGCGCAAGGAUUUCCUCCACUGGUGGACCAAGUGA